AGGUAUAUAUAAUUAAGGGUGUAAUUAUAUCUUUUCUCGACAGUUUUAUCUUUUAAGAGAAAACAGUAAGUAGGAUUUUGAGCAAACAGAAACGAGGUUUCCCCAUUAUUCCCGCAGGCUGUGCUGUCUGCUUAAUCUCUUACACCUCCGAAUCAAAGUAGCUCUAGGUUUCAUCUCAACAGCCAUUAGCUAUGGACCACUUUGGAGGAGGGAGUUGGACGAUGAUCCCCAACAUCCAAAGUCAGAGCAAUCCAUCCACCCCCAACAAUCAAGACCAUUUAUUUCUUCAGCAACAGCAAUUUCAACAACAACAGUUCAAUCAACCGCAGCUCUAUCAGCAGCAGCAACAACAGCAGCAGCAGCAGCAACGCUAUCAACAGCAUAUACAACAACAACAAAUGCAGCAACAGCAGAUGCAGCAGCACCAGAUGCAACAGCAACAGCAGCAGCACCAGCAACAACAACAACAACAGCAGCAGCACCACCAAUCACUUGCCUCUCACUUCCAUCUUCUACAAUUGGUGGAGAAUUUAGCUGAUACUAUUGAAAAUGGAAAUCGAGAUCAGCACUCAGAUGCAUUGGUAACUGAAUUGAAAAAUCAGUUCGAGAAGUGCCAACAGCUGUUGAUAUCAAUAUCAGGGUCUAUUAGCUCAAGAUCUAUGACAGUUGAGGGACAAAAACGCAAAAAGGCAGAGUGCGAACAAUUGCUAAAUCAGCGAAGGGAUCUUAUUUCGAAGUACAAAGGCUCGGUUGAGGAUAUUAUUAAAUCUGAACUGUAGCUGCUACUCACUUUUUAACCAAGGAGAAGAUUACAAGUUGCUCUAUGCCCAGCAUUAGCACCUUUGUGGUAGCAGCACAUCAAACGAUGACCCUGUCGAUGGGAAUGCAUCCUCAUCAGGAAUUUGCAGGAGGGCAUUAAAUUCGUGCUAACCAUUUUAUAAUGAUGAAUCCUUAAACUCCAUCAUCAGAGACUUUACCUGUGCCAACUUCCAAGAUAUGUCUUUGUCACAAGGCUUUAUUAUGUAAUGUUUCAAAGAUUCAGUAAAGGAUUAUCUUUAUUUCUAGGAAAAUGGUAAUGUUGAUAUAACUAGUUUGGGGAAGGAUAAUUGCAAGAGAACUGAUAAAUUGUUAAAGAGUUUUAACUUA